AUGCCGCACGACGCACACGGACACCGUGACUCGUCGCACCACGGUCACCAUUCCAACCACACGGACAUUGGGACGACCAUCGACAAUAUCAUAUCGAAUCUCAGCGAGAUCGCCAUCAUGGAAGAGACCGAGCCCAAUGGCAAGGAGAGAUAUGUGUUGCAGGACCGAGACCGUGACGAGGACGAAGAUGACGACUACGUGUGGGCUCCUACCAACAAACCGACCGUUAAACCCUUUGAUGGGGACCUCAGACGCCAGUAUCUGGCCUACAUCGACAAGAUCAACUCCAGCAGAUGCGGCCCUGGAGAUCUCGACGAAUUCGUCAAGCACGGCGUGGUCCACAACGACUCGGCACCCAUGGAGGUCGAUGAAUACGCGAGGCUCAUAGGGGACAGCAAGAGAGACCUCCCCGGGCUGCACUUUGCGGUGGACAUGCUCGUCGCGGAGAACUUGAAGACCACCACCACCACCACCAGCGUUUCAUCUCCCUCUGACCCUGGUGGCGACAAACACGAUGGCUCGAUCGCCGCCAGGAUCAAGUUGACCUACAAGCCCACGCCGACCACGCAGGACACGUUUUACGAGCACGUCUUCUACGCCCUCGAACAAGGCAAGAUCUCCAGGGUUUGGAGUCUGUUGGACGGGGCGGGGCUGAAGUGGAAGGAGAAGAGGGACCAAGAACAACUCGACGAGGUUUCUGGACAGAAGAAAGAGGGUUUAAACAAGUAA